AUGGGCGCUGCAGAAUCCAGGUCUGGCUUCCCCAUUGACGCCCUCAAUUACCUGGAGCCUGUGGGAAGGCAACAACAAAAGCUCCCCGGCUUCGUCAGCUCGGGACUCAUCCCACUGAAUCAGAGAAAGGUUUCUUCCAGUGAACCUCUUCUAGUUUCGGAAUUCGUCAACACCAUUGCCUACCCGGAUGGAUAUUGGACCCUGGGUGAAAAACCUUCGCAUGGGAUUCCCCACUCGGACAAGGCUACGCUAAAAGCUUUGCAAAAGCUUUUCAAAGCUUACAACAGGAAAGAGCUCAUCUCCGGAUCUCGUUUUUAUCUCGCUAGAAGAGAACGCGACUCGGUCGCCGAAACUCGAUGUUCAUCGCGUCGGAGAUUCUCUGGCUGGAAGAUAGGAGUGAAUCGCUACUACCUGGUGGUGGAUGCGGUGGAGGUGCCAGAUUAUAAAAUGAACUACCAUUAA